UUGGGGGAAAUAAAUAAACCCUUGUUCCAGAAAACAUGAAGAUCCUUUGUUCUCCUCUGAGUAUGUGUGUUCUGCUCUUGGGGAGCUUGGUUGCUCUUUCUUCAUCUCUUCCACGGAGGUCCAGCAAGUAUGGGAACUCAAACAGGAGAGACUUUCAUUUUGCACAGGAAUAUCUCUCGAAGUAUUAUGGCACGGAGGGGGCCCUCGUAGGCAUGCUGGAAGCACCUGACAGCCCCCUGCCCCCGAAGCUCAGGGAGAUGCAGUCGUUCUUCGGUCUCAGGGUCACAGGGAGGCUUGACCACAGUACAAUGGAGAUGAUGCAGGCUCCUCGCUGUGGAGUCCCUGACGUGGAAAAUUACCGCAUCUUUCCUGGGACCCCCAAAUGGAGACACCAUACACUAACAUACAGAAUAGUAAAGUAUACGUCUCAUCUGAGCCGCGCUGAGGUGGACCAUGCGGUUGAGAUGGCUCUGAGCGCGUGGAGCAGUGUUACUUCACUCAACUUUCAAAAGACCUUCAGCGGGGAGGCAGAUAUCAGGAUCUCCUUUGAACUGGGAGCUCACGGAGACGCAUACCCGUUCGAUGGUCCAAGAGGCACACUGGCACAUGCUUUUGCCCCUGCAGAAGGUCUCGGUGGAGAUACUCACUUCGAUGGAGAUGAAUCCUGGACCAUGGGAACCAGUGGUUUCAACUUGUUCACGGUAGCCGCUCAUGAGUUAGGGCAUGCCCUGGGCCUGGCACACUCCAGAGAGCCCUCGGCCUUGAUGUACCCCACUUACAAAUAUCGGAACCCCAAGGGCUUCAAGCUGCCCACAGACGACGUGCGAGGCAUUCAGUCUUUAUACGGUCACGCAACAACGAAGGUGCCUGAGAACCCUCACCCCCCAGCUGCCAUCCCUCCACAGCCUCCAGCGCAUCCCACCCACACCCCCCAUACAUGUGACCCCAGCUUGUCUUUCGAUGCUGUCAUGGUUGUGGGGAAAGAAUUGCUCUUCUUUAAAGAUGGCUUGCUCUGGCGUAGACAGUCCCAGCUGAAUGACGUCAGGCUGGGCUACCUCAGAAGCUCCUUUCCAUAUCUGUUGACAAGUGUGGAUGCAGCUUAUGAUGUCCCAGAGAAAGGAACUGCCUAUCUAUUUAAAGGCUCUCAAUACUGGACUUCAAGAGGAUUUCAGAUGACAGGUAGCCCAAGAUCAAUCUCUGAUUUUGGACUUCCAAGCCGCGUGAGACAUGUGGAUGCAGCCGUUUAUCUGAAGGACAUUAAAAAGACCCUUUUAUUUGUCGAUACUCAGUUUUAUAGUUUCAAUGAAGCCAAACUAAAGAUGGAUGAAGGCUAUCCUAAAAACAUUGAAGAAGAGUUCUCAGGAAUCGGUGGUAAAGUAAAUGCUGCUGUUGAAGUAAACGGGUUCCUUUACCUGUUUUCUGGAUCCAAUGCUUACAAGUAUGACAGCGAACGAGAUGAAGUCACGCGAGUUGUAAAAGCCAACUCCUGGCUCGGAUGCUAGCUUUAAAUUCCAAUGCAAUUCCCACAUUAGGAGGGCACUGGCUGGACAUUUUAACUUUACUUUUCUAGAUAAAAAAAAUAACAAGACCGAGACAUUACAAACAAGGGUUUUUAACGUUUUGUGAAAUACAUUUUUUUUUAAUUACAUUUUUAAUAUUAAUGACCCUUGGGGGGGGGGAAAGAGAAAAGCCUUUGUUUGUUUUCAGGAACAGUUUGUAACUAACACAUUCCGGUUACCCAUGUCAUGCUUGUCUGUGGAAUGAAUCACAGUUUGUAACUAACACAAUCUGGUUACCCAUGUCAUGCUUGGCUAUGGGAUGAACACUGAUCUUCUGCAUUUUGCAAACCUUAAUAGAAAAAAAGAUAAUAUUACAUGGAACUGGAAUAAAAUGGUCUUUUCCUCAUUAAAAAAUUACUUUAAGAAAACAGAAAAGGAAUUGAUCUAUUUUUUUUUUUCUCUCAACUUAUUGUACUGUGUCACCUAAUUGCAAGAUCUUUUUUCUCAUCCAAACGAGGGUAUGGUUUGGGUUUUUUCCUCAUGCACAUCUUUCCAGGGGAAGCUCUCAGAUCUACAAAGUGGAUAUUUUCAGCUCUGUUCAACCUGCUAGAAAGAUCACAACACAGACUUACAGAUGCGUGUUUAUACUAUGAAUGUAUUGCUAAACAUAUGCAAAACCAAUUCUUUCAUUUACUGUGUUCAUGUUUUUAUUUUAUUUUUCUCUGUGGAAACGGAAAGAGUUGUAAACGAAUAUGGGUUCCCCCUAAAUAUUUGUUCCCCCAGGAACAAAUAUUCUGGAAAUAUUUGUUUCCACCAGCGAACAUUUGUUCCCCCCUACAUGCAUGUUUGUUAUUUGUAUGUAAAUGAUGCAGGUAUAAUGCUGGUAAAUGUGAGCAAUGCUUGCAGGCUGUUCUAUUGUUGUAGGUGAGACUGGACCUGUCAGAGGGGACUGGAUGGUACAAGUUUAGGGUUAGUGUUGGGGAAAGUGGUCUUAAAAUUAAGGUUUCAGUUGAAAGUGCAUGGAUAUAGACUUAUAUGCAAAGAAAGAUUACUUAGUUACAAAAACAUAAGAGGGUACAAAUAUUUGGAAGGGGAGCCAAUAUUCCAGAAUAUUUGUUCCCAGUAGGAACGAAUAUUCAUUUCUGGGGAAAUAAAUAUUUGGGGCAAACAUAUAUUCUCUGACACCGUGUUAAAUAUAAAUUAAAUAAAAAUGUACGGCUCAGGAAUGCUCUUCUUCAUUGGU